AUGGAUGUGGUGGAAGGGAUAUCCCUGGAGGAGAAGCUGGAUUGUGUCAGCCAGAGCUGUGACUUCCAGCUUUCGGGCCGUGACAAAUACACUGAACUCGCCCAAUGUGUGGUCCCAUCAUUCAGAGGCUCCAGAAAGUUCAUGGAAAAACAGAAUUGUAAGGGCUUUUUGGGAGAGGGACGAUGCCACCAUCUACCUAACCCGUUCCUUUGUUACUUUCUAUCUCUCAGUGCUGGUCCCAAAGGCGAUAACAUCUAUGAAUGGAGGUCCACCAUCCUAGGACCUCCAGGGUCUGUGUAUGAGGGGGGAGUGUUCUUCCUCGACAUCACGUUUACACCGGAAUAUCCCUUCAAGCCUCCAAAGGUUACAUUUCGGACAAGAAUCUAUCACUGUAAUAUUAACAGUCAAGGAGUGAUUUGCUUGGACAUAUUGAAAGAUAAUUGGAGUCCAGCGCUAACCAUUUCCAAAGUCCUCCUUUCUAUCUGCUCACUCCUUACAGACUGUAAUCCUGCUGACCCUUUGGUGGGAAGUAUUGCCACUCAGUAUAUGACCAACAGAGCUGAACAUGACAGAAUGGCCAGACAGUGGACCAAGAGAUACGCGACAUAAACUGGGUUUUGACAAUUCGUGCAUUACUUGUUUGUCACAGAAGAGAGCUGCUUAUGAUUUUGAAGGGGUGGGGGAGGGUGGGAGUUGGUAAAGAGUAGGGUAUUUCUAUAACAGAUAUUAUUCAGUCUUAUUUCCUAAGAUUUUGUUGUAACUUAAGGUAUCUUGCUACAGUAGACAGAAAAUUGGUAAUAGCAACUUUUAAAACUGUCAUUCGUUCUGCAAACUUAGCUGAAAUGUAGUACACACAAGAAUGUGCAUCUAGACAUUUGGGUUCAGUUGCUCGUAGUACGUAAAUUCAGAACCGCUUGAUUUUUGUGCAGGCUCCACCCAAGGCCACGGUGUGAAGUCCUUCCCGGACAGAACGCUUUGGCGUUUAGUGAAAACAACCAAUAUUGGAUUCUGUCGUCCCGCGUUGGGAAGGGACAUCGCUAUUUCAGAGUUUAAGAGGCAUAAAGUAGACAGUGGCGGUAAGACACCAUAUAGGAGAGCAGUAGUUAAUGUGUUUUAUUUUAUAUGCCAAUCUACUUUAUUGUGAAAAGAUGAAAGGUUUGAAUCAGGACUUGUGAAAACCUGUAGUGAAAUACCUUAAGCUGUUAACUGUAAGGACUAGGAGUUGCUCAGUGGAUUGGUUAUGUUGUGGACUACUUAAGUCUGCAUUUGUUACUGUGCUAAUAAACAAUAUUAAAAACCA